CGCCACUUCACUGUCAUCGAGAGUGUAGCUGUCGCAAGUUGUGUUGCGCUUGCAACUCAAGAUUGCGGCAAGGCUUUGCUUGUUUACUUCGACUGUUUUGUGCAACUGAACAAGACGAUAAUAUUGAUACACAAUGCGCUGAAGCUUAUCAAUUUAGUGUUGGCAUGUCGUAGAGUGGGGGCUUCCAUGUCCAUCGAAAAUGACAGAUGAUCGAGGCCCAUCAAGAAAGCGUUUGCGACAGACAAACUUGUUCGAGUGUUUUUCAUUUAAAAAAGAAAAAGUCGAAAGUUUUAGAACACAUGAUAUGAAUCCCUCACUUCCACCAGAGGAUUUCUCACAAGGGGAAUCUCCUGCUGCUGACUCUGCUGAUGCAGAGAACCGAUGCAAUGACAAUGUGGAGGCAUGCGAUCGGCUGUCUCCUGUGCCAUCGAGUUCUGAUAUGUGUACUGAGUCUCAAUUCAACUUGUCGCAAGACUUGUUUCCGGAGAGCGAUUUGCCGCCUUUGCGGGACGCGGCUGACUCUCCAGAUUCUGAGGAAACAGUGAUAGAUGAACCAGAGGAAGAGGUUAUACCACAAACGUUCAACAGAAUACCAGCCUGUGGCCUUCCUCUUCCUUGUUUACAAGAAGGUCCUGAUCAUACUGUGUUUUGCAAGCUCAUCGAGUCAUCAGAAGUUCCCGUUCCGACACCAGAAGUGUACGUGGAUAAAUGGGAUGGUGAUCAUGUCCGGAUGCCUUGCUCUCCAAAGAGCCUCUACCCAUUUGACGAAGUGGGCGGUGGGUUGCAGCUGAAGAGCCGCUGGGAUCUAAUCGAGAAGUCACUUCUUUCUCCAAUACGCUCGUCCUAUAACUUAGUGAAUGCCAUUCUCCAGUACAACAGCCGAUAUGUCGCUCAGUGGAGCUUCCGUGGACUGCAUAAAUUCUUUGAGGAGGAAUUAGAACUCACUGAAGCCCAGGGCUUUUUUGAACAUCUCCUCCCCAAAAUGGUCAGACUGGCCCUACGACUUCCAGAAUUAGUAACUAAGCCCAUCCCAUUGUUGAAAUGCGGCAUGAACCACAGCCUGACCUUCAGCCAACUGCAAGUCGCGUGUCUGAUGUGCAAUGCCUUCUUUUGCACCUUCCCGAGAAGGAACACGCAGAAGAGCAACUCGGAAUAUGCACACUACCCGGAAAUCAACUUUAUUCCGUUGUUCUCGAGUUCGGGGAAACAACAACAAAAGGUUGAAAAGUUGAAGUGUUUGCUGAACUACUUCAGGAGAGUCACUCGUAAAGAUCCAACAGGGACACUGACAUUCACUCGAAGGUCUUUGACUGAUGCCCCUAUUUGGUCCACGAAAACGUGCCAACUUAAAGCCCUUUUUAUUUCGAAUACUGGCCUUAUUGAGAGAGAAGGUGAAGGAAUGCUUCAGGUUGAUUUUGCAAACAAGUUUGUUGGUGGUGGAGUCUUGGGGCAAGGAUGUGUACAGGAAGAGAUAAGAUUCCUUAUUUCUCCAGAACUCAUAGUGUCCAAACUUUUCACAGAGGCCUUGGGGGCAAAGGAAGUGCUUGUUAUAACAGGAGCUGAACAGUUCAAUGACACUUCAGGAUAUGCAGACAGUUUUGUGUGGGAAGGUGAUUUCACUGACAGUACGUCCAGAGAUGCAUGGCGGAGACAUUGCACCGAAGUGGUCGCUAUGGAUGCCUUGUACUUUCAUCGACAGAGUGACCAGUACAAACCGUCUGCCAUUAAGAGGGAACUAAAUAAAGCAUUCUGCGGGUUUUCUAGGCCGGGCACUCCUCCUGGGCAUUUGUCAGCAAUAGCGACGGGCAACUGGGGAUGCGGAGUGUUUCGUGGGGACCCUCUGCUGAAGGCCCUCAUUCAGCUUAUGGCUGCAUCUGCUGCUGAGAGAGACACGGUUUACUUCACGUUCAACAACCGUAAACUGUGCAGAAUUCUGAGGUCUAUGUACGAGUUUCUGGUGGAGAGAAAAGUGACCGUAGGUCACGUCUAUAACCUCCUGGAACAAUAUCACGAAACCAGCAUUUGUGGCAGUGGCAACAGUGCAUUGCAAGAGGCACUGUACGAUUUUAUUUACAGCGCUUGUGACAGUUCAUCGACACCUUAGUUGCUGACAAAUAUGUAUAUUUUUUUUUUUACACGCACACCCAAAGAAAUUGAUAUGUGCAGCAGGCACCAUGACUGCUGUUUUUAGUUAAUAAAUAGGUUGGA